CCUAACUCCGAGUGGAUGUGCCUCUGUCAUCUUCCAUCCAAUCCUGUCCCCUGGGGGGCGGGACUCUCGCUCCUGGACCAAAGUGGGCGGAACCCCGUCUCUCCUCAUCCAAUCCGAUCGCGCGGUGGUCGUGACUCAGCGAAGCUUCCUCGCACGAGGCGUGUCCCAGGGCCUUCGGGUUCUCGCCGUGUGGGCGGGGCCAGGCGCCUCUGCCCUAAAAGUCUCGGCCCGGCGGUUGGAAGUGGAGCCGGUUCUGAACUGAGGGACUGCGGCCGGGAAGGAGAAGGAGAAGGAGAAGACAAAGAAAAAGACAUGGCAGCGACGGUGCUGAGGCGCGGGGCACGGGCGCUGCAAGGCUUUCCCCGGAGCUUUUGGAGGUCGCAGCACACCAAGAGUGAGCCCAAGCGGGAGCCUGCGCUGGGAUUUAGCUUCGAGCUCACGGAGCAGCAGAAGGAGUUCCAGGAGACGGCGCGCAAGUUCGCCCGAGAAGAGAUCAUCCCGGUGGCGGCGCAGUACGACAGGACAGGGGAGUACCCCGUUCCCCUGAUCAAAAGGGCCUGGGAGCUGGGGCUCAUCAACACCCACAUUCCGGAGAGCUGCGGCGGCCUGGGGCUCGGGAUCUUCGACGCCUGCCUCAUCACGGAGGAGCUGGCCUACGGGUGCACCGGCGUGCAGACGGCCAUCGAAGCCAACUCCCUGGGGCAAAUGCCCGUCAUCCUCGCCGGGAACGCCCAGCAGCAGAAGAAGUACCUCGGGAGGAUGACGGAGCAGCCCUUGAUGUGCGCUUACUGCGUGACCGAGCCCGGGGCGGGCUCCGACGUGGCGGGUCUGCAGACCAGGGCCGAGAGGAAGGGCAACGAGUACGUCAUCAACGGGCAGAAGAUGUGGAUAACCAACGGGGGGAAAGCCAACUGGUACUUCCUCCUGGCUCGCACCGACCCCAACCCCCAGGCUCCGGCCAGCAAAGCCUUCACGGGCUUCAUCGUGGAAGCCGACACCCCGGGGAUCCAGGUCGGGAGGAAGGAGAUCAACAUGGGCCAGCGCUGCUCGGACACCAGGGGCAUCGUCUUCGAGGACGUGGUCGUGCCCAAGGAGAACGUCCUGGUCGGGGAAGGCUCCGGCUUCAAGAUCGCCAUGGGGGCGUUCGACAAGACCAGGCCUCCGGUCGCCGCCGGGGCCGUCGGGCUGGCGCAGAGGGCUUUGGACGAAGCCACCAAGUACGCCUUGGAGAGGAAGACCUUCGGAAGGCACCUCGUGGAGCACCAGGCCGUGGCCUUUCUGCUGGCCGAGAUGGCGAUGAAGGUGGAGCUGGCCAGGAUGGGCUACCAGCGGGCGGCGUGGGAAGUGGACUCGGGCCGCCGCAACACCUACUACGCGUCCAUCGCCAAAGCCUUCGCCGGCGACAUCGCCAACCAGCUGGCCUCUGACGCCGUGCAGAUCUUUGGGGGCAACGGCUUCAACAGCGAAUACCCCGUGGAGAAGCUGAUGCGAGACGCCAAGAUCUACCAGAUUUACGAAGGGACCGCCCAAAUCCAGAGGCUGAUCAUAGCCCGGGAGCACAUUGGCAAGUACAAGAACUGAGGCGCCCCAGCCCCGGGAGGGGCUGCAAGAUGUCUGCCGCGGGACGGAACCCGGGAAACCAAACCGCCAGGGGCCGGGACGGUAGCUGUAGGCCUUUGUUUUAGAACAAGAAAUCUUUGGCUUCAUUAAAAUACUUGCCUGUUCUUCCAAUGGCGCUUAUACUUGUAGUGCAAAGCAUCGAGGGAACAUUCUGAAUUGUUCGGAAAACUGUCACUGCCCAAAGGCCGAGCGCGUCCAGCGGCCGACUGCGACCGCUCUGUGAAGGAAGGGAGCUCCCUCCCGACCUUUACUGGCAUAUUAUUCCUCAGGUAAUCAGGCCUUCCCACGGUUCGGCUCUCGAUCCCUAAUUCUCGCCUUUGCCCCGCCAGCUCUAGGAUUGGCAAACUGGAGAAUUCAUCUGUGUCCACAGGGUGUCUGUCCCCCCACCGCUGGGCACGGGACUUCUAGGGCACCCACUCUGCCAGCGCCUGAGGACGGGAGGAAAUCUGGCUCGAGAGCAAACCAGUUUCUCCCUCGCCUUUCUUGGUAAAGAAGGCCAGCUCUUUCUCUGGGGGAGGCUGCCCCUUCUCUUAGGCUCCUGUGCACAGGAACCGGCUCCUCCAUGGCCCGUGACUCCGAUUAGGGCUCGAGGCACGUUUUCCUCCCUUCCCUCAUAGGAGUAUAUGGGAGGCGGAUCGGCCGCUGCACUUGUUUUGAUUUUGAACUUAAUGAGCCUGUCGGUAAAAGAGGCAACCCAGCUUAUUUCUUAAACUGUCCCACCAGACCCUUCUCUGAAAAUGUAAAUAUGAUGAAAUAACGGAGGAACGAGAAUUCAACAAGUGUCAUUUUAUAAUUCCUAGACAUCCAAUAGCGGAUAGUCUUAUAAUGAGUUACCAAAAUAAAGUGUUUUUGCAAAACGUG